AUGCCGCCCGGGUUUCCGAACGAGGAUGCUUUCGAAGGUUUUAUCUGCUACAAAUGCGUCGACGCAUAUCCUUGGAUCAGACAGUACGCUGGAUCGCCCGGCUUCUUACCAGCUGUACUAUACCGAACCGAACAAGACGUCUCGCCAGCACAAGCUCCAGGCCCAUCUACGGAGGGCCUGGUGAAGCGUAAAGCCGACGACGAUACUGAGACAGGUGCUAAGAGGUUUCGGGCUGACGAUAAAGCGGUCGCCGAUGAAGACAUGUCGACCAACAUUGAAAAUGACAAGACUCUGCUUGAGCAGGAAGAAACGUAUGAGCCGCCAGUUUCUGACGACGGUGGUAGCAACGCGGAGGGUGACGGCCCUGGAAGUGGGUCGCACGGAAGCGGUAGUCUCUACGAGCGCGGCGAAAGCGCGCUACGCAACGUGGACCGGGUGCGGGCAAUUGAGGGUGUGAUGGCAUAUAAUCAUCUCAAGGACAAGCUGAAGCCUUUCUUUCAGCAGUUUGCUGAGAGCGGACAGGCAAUCUCAGCGGAAGAUAUCAAGUCCUACUUUGCAAAGCUGCGAGGUGACGAGCAGGCAAUCCGUGAAGCUGGUGAAGCCGCUCGAUCCGAUGACAAUCGGAGAGAACAGAGUGGAUAUUAG